CGAUUCUACGCCGUGCGGGUGUUUAUCCACUUCGGCACGGCGUCGGCCACCUGACCCAUCAGGACCCCAACCGUCACCGCCGGUCGCCAUUUUAAUCUCUCGCCAAUGCUUCUUCUACCGACUGUCACAGCAAUUCGCGGGGCCAGAGGCAUGUCCAUGGCGAGGAAGGCCCUGAUCGCCGUGUGCCAGCUGUCCUCGACCGACGACAAGGACCACAACUUGCGGGAGUGCCGGGAGCUGGUGAGGCAGGGGGCAGCGCGAGGGGCCCGUAUGGUCUUCCUUCCCGAGGCUUUCGAUCACAUCUCGUCCAGCACCGAGGUCAUGCUGCGUCUCGCCGAGAGCCUGGAGGGAGAGCUGGUGGGGAGCUACCGUCAGCUGGCCAGGGAGUCUGGUGUGUGGCUGUCCCUGGGAGGGUUCCACGAGCAGGGUCCUGACUGGGACCGGGAGCGACGGAUCUACAACACCCACCUGUUGCUCAAUGACUCAGGAGAGAUUGCCGGCCUCUAUCGCAAGACCCACCUGUUUGAUGUGGAUAUCCAAGGUCAGGUUUCGCUCAAGGAGAGCAGCUCCACCAUCCCGGGACCUCGGAUCGAGCCUCCUGUUACAACCCCAAUAGGCAAGAUUGGACUUGCUAUUUGUUACGAUCUUCGAUUUCCAGAAAUCUCAUUGGCUCUUGCCAGUGCUGGGGCAGAGAUUCUCACGUUCCCCUCGGCUUUUACACUAACGACUGGCAUGGCGCAUUGGGAGGUGGUGCAGAUCCCAGCAGUGGACCCGAGGGCAGGGGCCACUGAUGCCCACAGUACACACAGUGCGUCUUGUCUUGUGCCAGGUCUGGGGUUCUGACUGACCCUUCAUUGACUAAAGACGAUGCGGGUGAAGGCGGCAGUGAAUGUGUCACCUUCAAUGUCUGCCCGCUACGAGGGGUUUCCCGAGUUGCACCAAGUGGCCUCAACGUGGACCUAUCCAGCGUGGACGCUGCUGAAGGUUGGGUGUGAGACCCCCCUCCCUCCAACUCGCAACCCAGUGCCUGAAGCUCGUCCUGUGAUCACACACAAACCCAAGCAGCGUCUGCGCACCGAGUGACCUUGGUGCUACCACCAUCUGCAGAGGACUCUCCCCCAGGGCCGAAUUGAGACCUUCAGAGGCCCUAAGCACCGAAAAGAUGAUGGUGCCCCCAUAUAUCUGUAAUUCAAAAUAAACACAAUACUAAACCGUAAAAUAAAAUGUUAUCGUUCGAAAUGAAACAAAACUUACAGUAAGAUUUAGUUACAGGAAACGUUACGGCGCCAGUAAUUACAUUGCAUUAAAAAAAUGUGACAUUAGAAUGAGAAUACAAAGAUGUCUAUAAAUCCAAUAACGUGACAGGCGUUCAGUAUCACUACAUGAGAACUGUACCAAUAAACAUAGAGUAGCUCAUUACAAAUGAUCAACCAUAAUAUAUAAUUUUUGAACAAAUCUUACUCUAGCAAACAGUGCCACACUUUCAUUUUCAUUUCUUAAAGAAAUUGUUCUGAGGGAAAAACGCAAAUACAAAAAUGUAUUGAACACUAUUCGAUUU